AUGCAGUACCUCAAAACCCUCAUUAUUCCACUCGGACUGGCAGCUUCUACUCUCGCAAAACCAUUUCCAAUCUCCUCUGACGGGUACUCUGCGUCGGUAAAGAAGAAUGUCACUGAACAAAUUGCCAUCUGGCAGUCGGCCAUCGACACAGUCAACAAUUUCGUUGACACUGUCCUAAUAUUCGCCAACGACUCCACGGAAGUCAGCAAAAUGGCUGUCGUAGCAUUUGCCGCAGCCCAAGAGGAAAGCUCAUCCAACACCAUCCUCUCGGACGAAGUUCAAAUCGAUGCAUCAGGUGAAGCUGCUUCGAAGGCUUUAGUGCCAGGAUUUAACAUCAUUGGACCGGCGAUCAAUGAUACAAUUUACCAGCCUCAAAAUGUGAAGAAGAAUGUAGAUACUGUCAAUGAGGAGAGAUGUGCUCCGCCGAGAGGGAAGGGUGCUAUAUCGUUGGAGGGCGAUGUCCAGCAAGCCGCUGCUUCCGCUGUUGGUAUCAUUGUUCCUCCGCCGCAAACACCCGUUGCUUGCUAUCUCCCUGCGGCAACUGGUUGGUAG